UUUGUUGAUGAUACAGUUGUUUGUCGAGACCGAAAGGAGGAGGUGAUGGUGUCAUCUAGAGAGAAAACGAUUCGUUGGUGGGGACGCGGCUGACUUGGAAGCACGAGAAGAAGAGGCGCUGGGAAUACAGGAGAACAAUUCGGGGUGAAAUUUAUGAAAGUGACUUAUGAAACAUAUGGCGAUGAAGAGCAGAAUACAGAGUGGGGCGGCUACAUGGGAUAAACUCAGACGGAAGAGGCUCAGCCAGAGUGGACAUUAUUGAAAAGAGUGAUGAGAAGUGCCAGGGUGUGAAGAACCGGCGCAAACAAAUCCCCCGCCUGCGAAGGAGGACACGCGAAGAAGGGAGAGCGCCGCCGGCGGUGCCGGUGACGUCACGCAGCUCAGGCGUUCGGAUGGGAGCUCGUAGUUGACGUGACUAACCGAAACAAGUGGCUGUCAAGUGGUCUCUAACGUUAAUGAUACGUGUGGCAAAGUGGAUUUUCAAAAUGUUCUUAGCCGGGCGAGUCGUCAGCAUCCUUUUCUUUAUCAACUGUGCGGCCGGUGACCAGAUCUUGAACCAAUAUAUCCGCCAUUAUGAGGUGUUAUCGUACAACAGAGUGGCACUACAUAACAACCACCUGAGAGCCAAGAGGGCGCUUUCUCCUCAAGACAAGAUGGUUCGACUGGACUUCUACUCUCACGGCAGGCAUUUUAACCUUCAAAUGACGAGGGAUGUGAGUACGUUUUCUCCGGAUGCUAUUGAAGAAGUGGAUGGAGUAGAAAUGCCACUAGACACCUCCCACAUUUACAGUGGGGACAUAUUUGGUGAGGAGGGUUCCCUGUCUCAUGGCUCAGUGGUUGACGGGCGCUUUGAAGGCUUUAUUAAGACUCACCAUGGAACAUUCUACGUGGAACCUUCAGAGAGGUACAUCCAGGACGAGAAGAACGUGCCUUUCCACUCAGUCAUCUACCAUGAGGACAACAUUGAUUAUCCUCAUAAAGAUGGAGCGUUUGGUGGCUGUGCAAACCACUCUAUUUUGGAGCGGAUGAAGAGGUACCAGAACUCUGCAGUUGAAGAAGUGGAGCAUCCUUUUGAAGAAGAGAACCUUUACGGUCCCGUUAUCUUGAGGAGGAAAAGGGCAACCGAGAAUUUGGACACGUGCCCACUCUUCAUACAGACAGACCACUUCUUCUACAGAAAAUUUGGUUCGAGAGAGGCGGUGCUCGCCCAGAUAUCCAGCCAUGUGAAGUCCAUCAACACGAUUUACAGAGCAACCAACUUUGGGGGAAUUAAAAAUAUCGGCUUUAUCGUGAAAAGAAUCAAGAUAAAUACUACUGCUCAGGAGACCGAUCCGUCCAAUCCUUUUCGAUUUGUGAACAUUGGAGUGGAGAAGUUUUUAGAGCUCAACUCCGAGCAGAUACACGACAACUACUGUCUGGCUUACAUCUUCACCGACAGGGACUUCGACGACGGUGUCCUUGGCUUGGCCUGGGUGGGAUCUGCUGCAGGAGGCGCUGGAGGGAUCUGUGAGAAGAGCAAGCUCUACUCUGACGGGAGGAGAAAGUCUCUUAACACUGGCAUCAUUACGAUUCGAAAUUAUAAUGCUUAUGUUCCUCCGAAAAUCACGCACCUCACCUUUGCUCACGAGGUCGGCCACAACUUUGGCUCCCCACACGAUGCUGGGCCUGAAUGCACACCUGGAGAAUCAAGUGAUCUGCUUCUCAAGGCAAAGGGCAACUUCAUCAUGUAUUCAAAGGCCACGUCUGGAGAUAAACCCAACAAUAACAAGUUUUCAGUCUGCAGCAUUCAAUAUAUAAGUGAUGUGUUGAAGAGCAAGAAGGACAUCUGUUUUGUUGAGUCUGGACUGCCAAUUUGUGGCAACAAAAUAGUGGAGGACGGGGAACAGUGUGACUGCGGCUACAUGGAGGAAUGCGACGAUCCCUGCUGCUAUGACGCUGACCAAGAUGAGAGCAUGCAAUGCAAACUCCAACCUGGGAAACUUUGCAGCCCUAGCCAAGGCCCAUGUUGCACAGAGGAGUGCACUUAUAAGAAUGCAACUAACAAGUGCCGGACAGAGUCUGAGUGUGCCAAAGAUGGUUUUUGUGACGGAACAAGCGCUAUGUGUCCGCCAUUAAUUCCAAAGGAAGACCUGAGUAUUUGCAAUUUGAACACCCAAGUCUGCAUCAAUGGGAGCUGCUCUGGAUCCAUUUGCCAGCGAUACGGGCUGGAAGCUUGCUCCGUUCCCAGUGCAGGCAGCAGGAAUGACGCUCUGGAGCUCUGCCAAGUCCACUGCAUGGAGAAACUGAGACCAGACACCUGCAGCAGCUCAGGCUCAGUGAAAUGGGCAGAACACUUCAACAACAUCAAUAUUACCCUGCAGCCUGGCUCUCCCUGCAACGACUUCAAUGGCUACUGUGAUGUUUUCUCAAGGUGCCGUCGAGUGGAUGCUGACGGGCCACUUUUGAGGUUGAGGAAAGUCCUUUUUGAUACACAGCUGUAUGAAACCAUUGUGGAGUGGGUGGCGGCUCAUUGGUGGGCAGUACUUUUGAUUGGACUCGCUUUGAUUUUGCUGAUGGCUGGUUUCAUCAAACUCUGCAGCGUCAAAAUUCCCACCAGUAACCCGCGAAUGCCGGAACCAUGGGUUCAAGGCGCAAAAGUGCAGCAGUAUCAAAUGGGACAAAGGAGACGGUGAGAUCUUUGCUCCAGCUACUAAAGUGCCUAUGAGCAAACCCAGACAGUAUGACGACAGUAUGAAAGCGAUCAGAAGAGGUAACUGAAAAUGUUAUGUUGGGGAAAUCUGUUGCUCUCUGAGCCUCUCCAACGGACGUGAGAGUGCCUUUCGCUGCUGUGCAAACUUGGGGCCUUACAAUUGUCUUGAACAACGUCUUCACACCUUUUGAAAGCACUUCAUCCUGUUUUAUUAAUCUUUCUCAGGGUGAUAAUGUCUCUCUAAUGUGAACUCCAUGUUGAUUUCAUCUAAUACAUUGUUAGCUGAAGGUCAGAAAUAUCCUCAACACACUAGGGAUUUGACUUUUCUGCUGUCGUAUAUAUUAUAUUGUUACCUUUGACUGCUGUUCAGGAUUUGUGAGUAUUUUUAUUUAUGUUAUAUUGUACAUCAAAAGAUGCCUGCUAGUUUCUAAGAUGAACCACAAGUGACAUUAUACAGUCCAUACUGCUGUUAUUCAAGAAACAUGUUUUUUUUUUUAGAUAAUAAUAAUUUGGUUACUGUCAGUCACUGAUAAAAUGAAGAACAAAAUGUGAAUUGCCUUAUUUUCCAUUGCAGUUUAGUGUUGCUCUGUUGAUGACAUGAUAGUUGACCUGACAGGUUCUCUGCAAAAAUAUGGACUGAUCUCAAAAGAGACUCUUUCUGCCUUUCAGGUACUAUCGGUGUUGUGUGCUGUUAAAAAUUACAUCAUUUUGUGUUUUCCUCUGUGUUGCUGAAUCACUAUCUCAAUGCAGGUUGUUAGAAAUCUCUUGUUGCUUUAUUUUCUGCACUGUAAUGCGAAUGAUGAUGAUUAAAAAUGUAAAUGAUUGA